UGAAAAGUUAGACACAAAUGAAAUACCUUCAGCCUCAGGGAAGACAGAAAAACUUAAACCUGAUUCCAAUUGCAGGAGCGAAAGCAGGAGCAGCUACCGGAACUGGGCUCAAAGCAAAGCACUGGCCCAAAAAUCAAGGAUGUGACACCCAGCAGGAUGUCUUACUGAUGGAAUCUGAACAAGCCAAAGGGGGAGACCCCUUUCCCCCAGCAAUCAGCAGCCCUAGUGAGGAAAACCCUGAUCCUACACCAGCCAAAAAGAAACAUGAUGUCACCACUGAGUCUGUAGAGAUGAGCACUGAGCUGCCUGGCUCUGCAGAAGGAGCACAGAUCUCCAUUGCCCAGGAUCCUCUGAGGCAUCUCUCUGCUGGGGAAUCAGCAGAGAUGUGUGGCAGAUCCUCUAACCCUGUUCUGUCAGGACUGGAACAAGGAGAGAGAGAUCUAAGGCACCAGAGGGGACUCUCAGAGUGGGAGAAAGAGCCUACAGUACAAGAGAGAUCUUUGGAAAAACAGAGAUGGGAUCACUCUUCGAACUCUGAACAGGGAAAAUCAGCUCAUCUUGAAAGCAGUCAGUAUUCUUCCUUUCCCAACACAGUCCCACAAGCAAUAGCCGCUUAUGACAAAAACCCACAGAUACAGUCUCCAGCCCUUCAGAUUGAAUUUCCUCAGGAUCAGAAUCAGUCUCUGGCAUGUCAUACUGCUGUCCUCCAGGCACAGCAUAAGGAAACCUCAAUGACAGACACUAUCCCCAUCCAGAGGGAACCAGCCACUAAACACUUCAUGGUGUGUAAAGACAUUUCAGAGGUUCAUUGCAAGACUGAGACUUUGCAUGAUGACACUAUUGGAGAUCCCCCCUUGCAGGGGUUGGAUGUAGCAAAUGGGACCAGCAGAGAGCUCCCGCCAAGUACUGAAGCAGUGGCAGGGACGGACGAGGAGCCAUCUCCUGGAAUGGAUGCAGUAGGCAGGAUGAAUCCCAUGCCUUCUGUAGAUAAUGAUGAAAAAGUGGGAGGCUUACAGAGAGGGAGAGAGGCUACAGACUCUUCCUCUUCACAUCACCCACCCUACCCAUUAUCAGAUGACAGCCAAGGAAAUUCACAGCUGACAAGAGGAAAUGCAGAUGGAAAGAGGGUCCUGUCAUCCCAUGAGAGAGGGAACAAUGCCUUGGCCACAAACCAGAAAACAGAAGUGGCUGCUAGGCAAAGUCCAUCUGGUUCUAUAAACCUCCUUCUGGAGGAGGAGAAAGGAGCAGAUAAUGGAAGAGCAGAAAGCAGCACUGAAUAUCCAGGAGAGUGCGUCUUCCACAUAUUGAAUGCUGCAAAAAACACAGAGCAGGAGGAGUGGCAGCAUGAGCAGCUAGAAUGCGGGGAGGAGCCAGAAGAGGAGGAGCAGUCGGAAGAGAAGCAGCCAGAGCUGGAACAGGAGGAGCCAGAAUGGGAGAAGCUAGAGAAGGAAGCGAAACCAGUGCAUGAGGCGCUAGUAUGGGACAGGGAAGAUCAGAAGGAAAAGAGGUGGGAUGAACUGGAACAAGAGCCAGGGAGGGAAGAGGCAGAGCAGGAGGCUCCACCACCAGCACUCAGUCCAGCAUCACCUUCUCUCUCCAAGCAAAACUGGGACCUCCAUGAUGAGGGGGAGAGCAUUUCCUCAGCUGAGGGAACAGGGCUGGCCCUUCUGCCCCAGGAAUCAUUCUCCAAAAAUCAGCGUUCUGGUGAGGAUGAACUAUCCAGCAUAGUGUUGAAGGCCUGCAUUGGAGGAGCAAAUGAAAGAGCUCAGCCACCUGCUGUGAUAAAGUCUGAAAGUCAGAACCCAGCGGGUGGGAGUUCCAUGAUGCACUCCCCCACUUGUCUCCCCAGUGCUCAGAGAUGUGGCAUGAGUGUUUCUGACCCUUUCAGCUCCAUUUCUUUCAGUGGCCAAGAUUGUGAAGAAACCUAUCAGGAUAACAGAGCCAGUAAUGGUGAGGAUGGCCAUAGUGAUGGAGAUGGAAGGACAGUCGAGAGCUUUGAUGAUGGAGGAACCAUAUCUCCAUUAUGCAGAGAAGUAACCACAGCUGGUGCAGGGAACCCAAACUCUUCUGGGACUCUGGACCCUUCUUCUGGUGCCAGGAACUUGGGAUCUUUUGGUCGUGCAGAUCCUCAUCCUGUUGCAGAAAACCCAGCAUUUCCCAGCCAUUACGAUUUCACUCCAGCCACACCAUCAGAGUUCAACUUGGCAGCAUCAGCGGCUGGCCAGUCUCAGGAGGAUGCUGAUGAAAGAUCGCAAGUGAGCCCUGUGGGAUGUACUGACCUGGACAAAGCACCAGUCUCUGUACAGGACACAUCCAGACAGACUUCUUACCUGCAGGAGGCAGCUUCUAGUGAAGGAGCCUCAGUGAUUACCAGCACAGAGAGUGUCCAGACUCCUCAUGGGCUGCUUACACCUGAGAAGGGCCUUAAUGAAGACCCAAUUACCCAACCUUCCAUCUCCAAGGCUUUCAGAAUUCCCCUUUCAAGGCAGAGCCUGCCAAUGGACAGAGAUGAAGUAGAAUCUACUCCUGCAGCUCCAGCUACAAUGCAUCUAGAGGCAUCCCAAGCACCAAACAUGGCUCUCGCUCCUGCAAAUUACCUGGAGAAAAUCCAGAGGCACCAAAAGCCUCCAACGAGAAGUUUCGUUUUCCAGGGAAAGGAAAUGGAAGCAAACAUGGUUCACACAGCACAACAAAACCCUUUACUUGAUGAGUCACAUUUGAGCUUAGAGGUGGAAGUGCCAGGAACAGGAAGUGCCCUUAACGCUGUACCACAGCUCCCAGAAGAAGCUGUAGUCCUUGUCCUAGAGCAGCACACACAGCCUACUAAUCCUGAGUCUGACUCCAGCUCACCCCUGGCUCCUGCACCUGACGCCAACCAGCUCACCUACCCUCCAGCGCCUGUGCCCGACUCACCCCUGGCCCCUGUGCCUGAUGCUGACCAGCUCACCUACCCUCCAGCACCUGCACCUGACUCACCCCUGGCUCCUGUGUCUGAUACCGACCAGCUCACCUACCCUCCGACACCUGCGCCCGACUCACCCCUGGCUCCUUUGCCUGAUGCCGACCAGCUCACCUACUCUCCGACACCUGCGCCCGACUCACCCCUGGCUCCUUUGCCUGAUGACACCCAGCUCACCCACUCUCUGGCUCCUGUGCCCAGCUCACCCCUAGCCCCUACACGUGACACCGACCAGCUCACCCACCCUCUGGCUCCUGCGCCCAGCUCACCUCUGGCCCCUGAUGCCACCCAGCUUGUCCACUCUCCGGCACUUGCGCUCAGCUCCCUUCUGGCCCCCAUGGCUGGCGCCAACCAACUCGUCUACCCUCCAUCUCCUGUGCCCAGCUUGCCCUUGGCUCCUGUGUUUGAUGCGAACCAGCUCACCCACACACUGGUUCCUGCACCCAGCUCGCCCCCAGCUCCUGAUGCCACCCAGGUCGCCCACCCUCUGGCUCCUGCACCUGAUGCCGACCAGCUUGCCUGCCAUCUGGCUCCUACACCCAACUCGCCCGUGACUCCUGCACCGGAUGCCAGUCAGCUUGCCCACCCUCUGGCUCCUGGCUCGCCCCUGGUUCCUGUGCCUGAUGCCACCCAGUCUCCAGCUUCUGAACCUGGCUUGUCCCUGGCUCCUUUGGCUGAUGCCACUCAGCUCACCCACCCACUGGCUCCUGUGCCUGGCUCGCCCAGCUCGCCUCUGGCUCUUCUGGCUGAUGCCUACCAGCUUCUCCAGUCUCAGUCCCUUGUGCCUGACUCCAACCAGCCUCCAGCCCCUGCACCUGAUAUUGACCAGCCUCUGCCUUCUGUAUCUAACUCCAAUCCACCUCUAACCUGUGUAUCAGAUUCUAGUCAGUUACUGGCCACUGCCCCCAAUUCCAGCUGCCCUGCCCAGGCUUCAGCCUCUGCGCCUGAUGCUGACAGCCUUGCUCAUGCUCUGGUCCCUGCCCCUGCUGUGACAGAUGGAGAAGACAACCCCUUCCUAAUGCAGAUGACCCACGAGAGAGUGUCUGGUGCCCAGUGGGAUCCUGUCACCUCACUUUCACUGGAUGUGGUGGACACCAGUGACUCAGGGGUCACUUCAUUGGCCGAGAGCUCAGAUUUUCCCUCUUUGGAAAAUGAGGCACCCAUGGGCCACUCUGACAGAAGCCCUGAAGCAAUGGGUCAGCACCUGGUUACACACUGUGGAAAGUCCACAUCUGAUUACACCUCCAGGCCCUCCUUGGGAGGGUGGGGAACAUCCACAGAUUCUCAGAGUAGAAAUUCACCAGAGCCACCCUCACUACUAGCUUUCUCCAACCCAAUCCACUUCCUGCAGUUCAGCCCUCCAUCGCCACCAGCCAUCAGAACAUUGUACCAACAGGAUGCAGUCUUCGAGGAGCCCCAGUGGGACCAGGCACAGGCAGGCCCCACCAGCGUGGAUACAAGGAACACAACAGGCCCUGCAGUGAUGAUAGAGAAAGCAGAUGGCACUAGGACAUGCAAGCAAAAGAUAGAAGGGCAGGGAGAACCACUUCACCUUGCGACCCAAGUGAAAGAGGAGUUGGCCAGACAUGCACCCUUGGAGAAGUCAUCAAGUUGGCCAGAUAAAAAAGUCAUCAGGGUGGACAUGAAGGAGCGGGGACUCAAUUCAGGGAAUCAGGAGAACGCGAACAAACGCCGAGCAAAAAGCAAAGACUGGCACCGGCAGGGCCUGAGGAGGAUGUCAGUACUGCCAGACAACUUACAAGAGGAGGGAGCACACAAGGACCAGCCAACCAGCUUAGACACAGUUAUACUUCGAGAGAAGAAAUCUGCAGCCACACUGGAUAAUUUCAAGCGCCGACAGUCCAAACUGAUCAACUCCUCAGGGUUACUCUAUCAGGAGUACAGCGACGUGGCUCUGAACAAGGCAAUCCAGAGCCAGAAGAGAGUGGAUUCUUUGGCAGAGGACUUCGAACUGAGUUCUCCAAGCUCCCCGAGAUUACGGAGGAAAGUGUUGUCUCAGCAGGACUCGUAUCUUCAACGUCUGUCAGUCUCAUCCAACGCCUCCCUCUGGCAGGACAUCCCCAUGAUCCGAGGAAGCAGAAUGCUGCUGAACAUGUCCCGAGAUGAUCAAAAACUGCAGGAGGCCAAGUUCGAAUUGAUCAUGUCAGAGGCCUCAUACUUGCGCAGUUUAAAUGUGGCAGUGGAUCACUUCCAGUGCUCAUCAGAACUCCAGGCACUCCUCACCAAUCAGGAGCGCAAGUGGCUUUUCUCCCGCCUUCAGGAGGUGCGUGAUGUCAGUGCCAGUUUCCUCUUCGAGCUGGAGGAGAAGUUUGAGGAGAACAUGUUCAACUUCAACGUAUGUGACGUGGCUCUGAGACAUGCUCCUGAAUUCCGCAAGGUGUAUCUACCAUAUGUGACAAAUCAGACCUAUCAGGAGCAGAUUUUCCAGAAACUAGUGACUGGGAAUGCAAGGUUCCAGCAAGUCCUGGAGAAACUGGAAAGUGCCGCUGUGUGCCAGCGCCUCUCCCUCAAAUCCUUCCUCAUUCUCCCCUUCCAACGCAUCACCCGACUCAAACUCCUCCUACAGAAUAUAUUGAAGAGAACCCCGCCCGAGUCGGAUGAAGAAGUGCAGGCCACACAGGCUUAUGAUGCACUGGAGAAGCUCAUAAAGGACUGCAACGAAAAUGUCCAGCGCAUGAAGAGCACUGAGGAGCUGAUCUACCUAAGACAAAAGAUUGAUUUUGAGUGCAAGAUAUUCCCACUGGUCUCACAGUCAAGGCGGCUGGUGAAGUGUGGUGAGCUGAUGGCGUUGUACAACACUCUGAGCACCAAGGGGAAACCUACCACCCGCCCCAUCUACCUGCACCUCUUCAAUGACUGCCUGCUCCUGUCCCGGCCCAGGGAGGGUGGGCGCUUUGUCGUGUUUGAUCAUGCUGCAUUUUCAGAUGUACUUGGGGAGAAGUGUGAGAUGAAGCUGCAUGGGCCAAACAAAAAUCUUUUCCGUCUUUUUCUCCUCAAGAACAACCAGGGGAAAAGAGUGGAAUUCCUCUUUCGCACAGAGACACACAGUGAGAAGCUGCGGUGGAUCUCCGCUCUGGUGCCACCACGAGGAGAACCAGAUCUCUUAGAAAGCCCUGACUCACCUCAGGUUCAGUGCAUACGGACAUACAAAGCUCGGGAGAAUGACGAGCUGGCUCUGGAGAAAGCAGAUAUCCUCAUGGUCAUGCAGAACAGCAACGAUGGCUGGAUAGAAGGAGUGAAACUUUCAGAUGGAGAGAGAGGCUGGUUUCCCUCAGAGCAUGUGGAAAUGAUCUCCAGCAAACACGCACGCCAGAUGAACCUGAAGGAGGAACAGCGUGUGAAGAAUGCCAAACAGCAGGUCUUCUGCAAGAAAUAGGAUUCUCCACUUCCUGUUGCACCCUGUACAGUCUCUCUGAUAUGGAGAAACCUGACUUAAGAAACCCUCUCUCUACCACAUUCUGGAAGAAACAACUCUGCAGAAAUAAAAAAUGAGCACUUAGUACUGUCAGACAAAGUGCUGCUUCUAAAGAAAGCAGGAAUUCAGCCAGGAGUAAAUAUAUUCACUUCUACUUCCUCUGUAGUCAUGGUGAGACCAAGGAAGGAAAAGAAGCUGCAUAUAUUGCUUGCUUUGUAGUAGUGGGGAGGGAACAUAAGAGAGGAGAGGACUGGGACUCAGGACUCUUGGAAAUCUGUGCCUGAUUUUGCCACUGACAAGAUGUGUGACCUUGGGCAAGUCACUUCAGAACUCUGCCUCAGUUUCUCCAUCUGUAAAACGGGGAUAACACUUACCUACCUCACGGGAUGUUGUGAGGCUAAAUUCAUUCAUAUUUGUAAAGCUCUUUGAGUUCCUGAGAAGAAAGGCACUAUAGACAUGUAAAGCACACUGUAGUUAAGGUCAAGAAGAGCUUUUCAUUUCAACCUCUUCUUAGGGUUCUUUAAGUGGUUUUAAUUUCCACAUAUUUUCAUUUAAGAUAAUAUAUAAUGGGCCAAAUUUUCUGUUGAUGUAAGUGGGUACAAUUCCAUUGACUUCAACGGCGUUCUGCACUUUUAUACUAGCUCAGUUUAACCCAGUCUCAGCAAAAGAUAAGUUUUAGAUAGUAUGAGAGAAAUCCAUUAGCUAGGUGAGCAUGGGGAAAAAGAAAUUUUUCCCUCUAAAGUGUUUUUCAGACUUUCUUUUGAAAAAAUUUUCAAAAAUAAUUAGUGAUUUUUGGGCGCUCAACCUGAGAUACUUUGAAGGAGCCCGAUUUUCAGGAAGUUCUGGGCACCUGCUUUGGAAAACAAUGUCCCAUAAUCACUAGUCACUUUUGAAACUCUUGACCAAGAUUAUGUUUUACCAUGUUGGCAUACGCUCUGUACUUAAAUUUAGUUGUUCUUGAAUGGCAGGAAAGUGGAACUGCACUGCGUAUGCCUAAUCUAUUAUAGCAGAUGUGAUGCAACACGCAACAUUUUGCACAAUUAUAAAACAUAAGGAAAUCUAUAAACUAUAGAAAUUUUUAAGCAAAACAUGUAACUGCAGUUUGUUAUGGUUCCAUUUCUGUGCAAAGUCAUCAGGUUUUAAGUGCAGCUGGAGAACACUGCUUCAAACUGUAAAAUAUUUUUUUCUUCUAUAUUAAACAAAGGAGGGUUUUUGCAUGUAAUUAUGCUAAAACAACAUCAAGGUUGAGAAUUUAAACCCUGCAAAGUAUGAAAGCAACACAUGUAAACUUCUUGCUUUUAAUGUAUUUGAAGAAUUAUUGACCUUUGUAUCUCUGGAUCUUUGUAAUAUUCUUUUGAUUUCCCUGGCAUAGUUUGUUCCAGACUAUUUAUGCCAGUCAUUGAACUGGAUUUACUUUUUUUUUGUUUGUUCGUUUGUUUUGUUUUUAAGAUUUUUUUUGACCUAAUAAACUUAUGCAC